UUAAGAAACAUUUCCAUGGACAAUGUAAUAACAUUAAUUCACCGUGACAGUUUUUUAUGCUUCUGUCUUCUCCAGUUGCUGGCUUCAUCCAAGUCUUGUCUGGAGUUUCCUUGGUCCAGUCUGUGUAGUCAUCAGUGCAAACACAAUUCUAUUGAUCCUCACUGUUGUGCUCCUGAGAAAAAGGUUGGCUUCACUGAAUACCAAAGUGUCCACUUUAAAGAACACUCGGUCACUGAUAUUCAAAGCUUUGGCUCAAGCUUUCAUUCUUGGCUCUACCUGGAGUAUUGGCUACUUCCAAUUUGCCUCUUUUUCCCAAAUAAUGUCAUACCUUUUCACUAUAUGUAA